CCGCCCCCUCUGCUGUGGGAGCCGCACGGUCUGUGUGAGGGGAGAGGGAGUAAUGGGAGAGCGCUGAUGGGGGAGGGCUGAUGGGGGGAGGGCUGCGGGACUGGCAUACGGGCGGCACAGGGUUAAUAAGAACAGAUAGAACAUGGAAGUAUGUGCAGCCUGAAUGGGGGAAUGUGUGAAUAACGGAGCGCUGUGAGGGGAGGGCGCUAUAGGGAUUUGGGGUAAAGAUGUCUGCUGGUUGCACUCAGUUAGUCUGGGGUGGCCGGUUACACUGGGGUGCCUCCCACUUGCUGAGCUGUUUGCUUGCCCUGUGUGCCCUCUGGGUACUGGCAGCGGCUGAGCCCACAGAGGGAGGCUGUGCCAAUGUACAAGGGGCAGGGGUGGGGGAGGCAGCUCUGUACCAGGGCAGGGGGCAACACAGAGUUCCCUCAGAGGAUAAUGUGGCAGUCCUGUCUGAUCAGUGGGAGCCCUCCUCCUUCCAGCCCUCCAGCGCCUUCUCUGGCACUGAUCUGGGGACAAUGGUGGCAGACUCCUACAGAGGCCCCGGCAACAGUGACAGGAGGAGCAACAAGGAGCUGCCCAUACUCCUCUGGUGGAGCGAGAACUUAUUCCCCCACUUUCCGGGGGACGCGGAGCGAAUAGACUGCCCCCUCAGCUCCUGCAUGGUCACCAAGAACAAGAGCGUCAAACUCCACAAGAGGACAAAAUCCAUCAUUUUCUAUGGGACCGACUUCCGGGCCUACGAAGCCCCUCUGCCCAGGUUGCCCCACCAGACGUGGGCGCUAUUUCAUGAGGAGUCGCCGAUGAACAACUACGUACUUUCCCAUUUGCCCGGCAUUAGGCUUUUUAACUAUACUGCCACUUUUAGCAGGGAGUCCGACUACCCCCUUACCUUGCAGUGGCUGCCCACGAUAGGCUACCUGCACAACCCAGCACUGUCUAUGGCAGAAAAAAACAGAUGGAGGAAAAAUGGAUAUGCUCCUGUCUUGUAUAUGCAGUCUCACUGCGACGUGCCGUCCGACAGAGACCGAUACGUGAAAGAGUUAAUGAAACACUUGGAGAUUGAUUCAUACGGGCAGUGUAUGAAGAACCGCGAGCAUCCCAACAAGAGACUUGAAGACACAUCGACGGCUACUACUGAAGAUCCAGAAUUCAUGGCAUUUACAGCGAGAUAUAAAUUCCAUCUGGCCAUGGAGAAUGCCAUUUGUGCAGAUUAUAUGACCGAGAAGCUUUGGCGGCCGAUGCAUUUAGGAGCCAUUCCAAUUUAUCGAGGGUCACCUUCCGUACGGGACUGGAUGCCCAACAACCAUUCUAUUAUAAUGAUUGAUGAUUUUGCGUCUCCGAAAGAGCUGGCAGAGUUUAUAAUGACUUUAGACAGUGAUGAUGAGCAAUACCUGAAAUAUCUGGAAUACAAAAAGCCUGGCGGGACCACAAAUACAUUCUUGUUGUCCAGCAUGGAAAAGCGAGAAUGGGGUGUGAACGACAUGACGGCGCCUAAUUAUCUGAAUGGGUUUGAGUGCUUUGUCUGUGAUAAAGAGAAUUCCAGAAUCAAAGCAGAAAAGACAUAUAAAAAGUCCCAGCAGGGAGGUGCUGCUCCGGAGCCUCAUAUUGCAGAUUUCAACCAUAUGGGCUGCCCAAUGCCAACCCCUGGAUUUGGUAGCGCUCAGGAGAUCCCUGAAAGUGACAGCUGGAAGCAGAUGUGGUUGCAGGAUUACUGGCAGAGUUUUGACCAGGGCGAGGCUCUUACUGCGAUGAUUCAACGAAAUGAAACAAACCAAGAUAGAUUUUGGGAUUAUAUGCAUGAAACGUAUAUAAAACGAAGUAUGAAUCACUGACCUGUAGUAUUAUAUAAAUUCAUAUUUUUAUAUGUUUGGGGUGUUUUUUUACUAUGUCAUUGCCAAAGUUUUUAUGCCAAAAUAUUUAAGUGAAGAAGACCAAAUUCAGGAUUAUGAGAGAAAAAUAAAUCUUUCAUGUUA